CCACCAAAAGCACAUGCGUUUAGCAGGUAACAGUCAGAGGGCCCGGAGACAUACAUCUUUGCUACAAACGGACGGAAACAGUGCCACUCUGCAUCACCACUCGUUCCUUGUUGUUGUUUUCUGAGGGAAUAUUUAAUUUUUCGUUGCAUUGAGGAGGGAGGGGAGUGUUACUACUUACUAGAACCAGCCAGCCCACCUGCAUUCGUUCGAGCUUGGUGCUGUGCACUUGCGUUUCAUCGUACGCCCCGUGCUGUGCGGUGAAAUUCAAGAAAUGCUCGGAGUUCUGAUCGGCAGUCGAAAUCUCUGAAAGCGUUUAAGUUAUCCUUUGACCAGAAAAUAAGGAGAAAUUGGCCUGAGAGGUGGAGAAGAAUAUGGCAGGCACUGAAGCCAACACAGACCUGAGCGGUUCAAGGAUAUCACAAAAUGACACUGCAACAUUAAUCCCACACAGUGGCAAUUUGGGAGAUUCAAGCCAGAGGGGCGCAAAGAUUACCAGGUUCAAAGAUGAUGAUGAGGUUGUGGAGAUCACCCUUGAUGUACAGCGUGAUUCAGUGGCUAUCGAAGAUGUCAGGACAGUGGAUGACGGUGGCUCGGCGCAAAGUGGUGGGUUUGACAGCCUCUCACUAGUGUCGCCUUCCUCAUCAAGGAGCAGCAAGCUCGCAUCAAAACUAAGGCAGGUGACAAAUGGGCUAAAGAUGAAGAACUCACGCAAUGAGGUGCCACAGACACAAUUGCGGAAGAACAUGAGGAAGAGAUUGGACAGAAGCAAGAGUGGUGCUGCCGUGGCGCUCAAAGGCCUGCAGUUCGUGACUGCGAAAGUUGGUCAUGAUGGCUGGGCUGCAGUGGAGAAACGUUUCAAUCAUCUACAGGUUGAUGGUGUGCUGCUCCGUUCAAGAUUUGGGAAAUGCAUUGGGAUGGAAGGGUCUGAUGAGUUUGCAGUACAAGUGUUCGAUUCAUUAGCAAGGAAGAGAGGGAUAGUGAAGGAAGUACUGACUAAGGAUGAGCUGAAAGAUUUCUGGGAGCAACUGAGUGAUCAGGGUUUUGACAACCGUCUCCGGACAUUCUUUGACAUGGUUGACAAGAAUGCUGACGGAAGGAUCACAGCAGAGGAGGUUAAGGAGAUUAUUGCCCUUAGUGCAUCAGCAAACAAACUUUCCAAGCUCAAGGAACGAGCUGAUGAGUACACAGCACUUAUUAUGGAAGAACUUGACCCCAACAACCUGGGAUACAUCGAGCUCGAGGAUCUGGAGGCACUUUUGCUGCAGUCACCAUCUCAAGCUGCUACAAGAUCAACAACACAUAGCUCAAAACUUAGCAAAGCUCUUAGCAUGAAGCUAGCAUCAACCAAGGACAUGAGUCCACUUCACCACUACUGGCAAGAGUUCUUGUACUUCCUUGAGGAGAACUGGAAGCGCAUUUGGGUUAUGACUCUCUGGCUCUCAAUCUGCAUUGGCCUCUUCAUUUGGAAGUUCAUCCAAUACCGGAAUCGAGCUGUAUUUCACAUCAUGGGUUAUUGUGUGACCACUGCAAAAGGUGCUGCAGAGACCCUCAAAUUCAAUAUGGCCCUGGUUCUUCUUCCUGUUUGCCGAAAUACAAUCACUUGGAUUCGGUCAAAGACAAAGAUCGGAGCUUUUGUACCCUUCAACGACAACAUAAACUUUCAUAAGGUAAUAGCAGCAGGUGUUGCAGUUGGCGUUGCUUUGCAUGCAGGUUCUCACCUGACAUGUGAUUUUCCUCGCCUGCUCCAUGCAAGUGAUGCAGCCUAUGAGCCAAUGAAACCUUUCUUUGGGCACAAAAGGCCACCAAAUUACUGGUGGUUUGUAAAGGGAACUGAAGGGUGGACCGGUGUGGUCAUGGUAGUACUCAUGGCAAUAGCUUUUGUACUAGCCCAACCAUGGUUUCGACGUAACAGGCUCAAGGAUUCUAAUCCCCUCAAGAAAAUGACUGGCUUCAAUGCCUUUUGGUUUACUCACCACUUAUUUGUUAUUGUGUAUGCACUGCUCAUUGUCCAUGGAACCUGUUUAUAUCUAAGCAGGAAAUGGUACAAGAAAUCGACUUGGAUGUACCUGGCUGUUCCUGUGCUCUUGUAUGUAAGUGAGCGCAUUCUUCGGCUAUUUAGGAGCCAUGAUGCAGUUAGGAUUCAGAAGGUUGCGGUAUAUCCGGGGAAUGUUUUGGCUCUCUAUAUGUCCAAGCCACCUGGUUUCAAAUAUCGGAGUGGGCAGUAUAUCUUCAUAAACUGUCGUGCCGUGUCUCCAUAUGAAUGGCACCCAUUUUCUAUUACAUCAGCACCAGGAGACAAUUAUCUAAGUGUCCACAUUCGCACAAGGGGUGAUUGGACUUCACGGCUUAGGACUGUCUUCUCUGAGGCAUGCCGGCCACCAACUGAUGGAGAAAGUGGACUCCUUAGAGCUGACCUUUCCAAGGGUAUUACUGAGAACAAUGCAAGGUUCCCAAAACUUUUGAUUGAUGGACCAUAUGGUGCUCCAGCGCAAGAUUAUCGGGAAUAUGAUGUGCUACUGCUCAUUGGACUAGGCAUUGGAGCCACUCCGUUGAUUAGCAUUGUGAAGGAUGUGCUUAAUCACAUUCAGCAGGGAGGAUCUGUUGCAGGCACGGAGCCUGAGGGCAGUGGCUUGGCAAAGAAGAGACCAUUCAUGACAAAGAGGGUCUACUUCUACUGGGUCACGAGAGAAGAGGGAUCCUUUGAAUGGUUCCGAGGGGUCAUGAACGAGGUGGCUGAGAAGGACAAGGAUGGUGUGAUUGAGCUCCACAACCACUGCUCGAGUGUCUAUGAGGAAGGGGAUGCACGUUCUGCCCUCAUUGUCAUGCUCCAAGAGCUACAACAUGCAAAGAAGGGGGUUGAUAUCUUGUCUGGAACUAGCGUCAAGACACACUUUGCACGGCCUAACUGGCGAAGCGUCUUCAAACAUGUUGCAGUAAACCAUGAGAACCAGCGCGUCGGAGUUUUCUACUGUGGCGAGCCUGUCCUGGUGCCGCAGCUACGGCAGUUGUCAGCAGAUUUCUCCCACAAGACAAAUACGAAGUUUGAGUUUCACAAGGAGAACUUCUAAUGGCGUAACUCGAAGCAUCUGAGUAUGGUCUCCUAGUGAUUCAGGAUGUGAUACAUAAGGGCUGUAAUAUAUAUAGGGUAGAGAAAUAAAAUGAUGGGAGUUAUUUUGUUGUAGAUGUCAAAAGUCUGCCAUGUUCUUUUUUUGCAAGAGUGUUCUGUCCAUCCCUGUUUACUGCUACUGGAAGGAGCUAUGGAGUGAAUACUUUCUGUUGUAGCCUAAGUAGUAAAGUAUCUCUGUAUUUUAAAGUUGCGAACAAGUAUGCUUUGAACAACUUUGAGAUGUGAGCCUUGAGGGUGUUCCUGAAA